ACUGGUUCAAGUCUGUCUCCAUUACACGCCAACAGACGCAGUUUCAUGUAUAGUUUAAACGUGUUUCCUUUGAACUACAUUAUAACAGUUACGUUAGUAGCAAACAGUGAUUCGAAUUCACACUACUAGAUUUAUUUAUGAGUAAACUAACACAACUAUUUUUGCUUUCAACCGCAAUAUUGACACGUCUGCAGUUUGUGGGAUGAUGUAAUUAUUUGUGUGUGUGUGCAUUCGUGUUAUUUCUUGGUGGAUAUUAUUUGGCUGUUUGCAUGCUGGAGUCGGGGAUAUACGUUAGAGAUAGUUCACUCCGCAAAGAAGAUCUCACAAGAAAUAAGGACACGACUAUGUCCCGACGACUUUGGAAGAAAUGUCUCUUAGGUUUGAUGCUGUUGUCUUCUGGGAUAGCGCUCUAUGCACUCUAUAGCAGCAACCAGAACGCGAAUAUUAAUGCCAAUUGGAAGGCGCUCAUCAACAACAUGAAAAUUGAUGAAUUUCCUGGUAAGAAUGUCGGAGUACUCGACGAGCUUGUGGAACUCACGCCUGUUAAGCCAGUGAUACAUGCAGAUCAUUUUGCUGAACAAGGACGAUUUCAGAAAGGUCCAGAGCCUAGAAAGAGGCCAAAUUAUAAAAGAAGGCCAGGCAAUGCACCUAGGUACUACCAUGAUACAGACAAUGAUCCGAGCUAUUAUCAAGAUGAAGAAAGACUUCAUAGAGACAGAGAUGAGUAUGAAAAUUAUAAAAUAAAAGAACAGUAUGAAUCAGACAACAGAGCUGGCUUCAGAAAUAAACAAAUAGAUAACAAUUAUAUUGAAGACAAUGUAGCUGAAAGAAAUGAAAAUGACGCAGCUGGACAGAAUGAAAAUGACGCAGCUGGACAGAAUGAAAAUGACGCAGCUGGACAGAAUGAAAAUGACGCAGCUGGACAGAAUGAAAAUAACGCAGCUGAUGAGAAUUAUAAAGACGCAGCUGUAGAGAUUGAAAAUGCUGCCGCCAAAAACAAAGAAGAUGUUAUAAAUAACGCACAAGAUGUAGUUCAAGAAAAUGGAAAUGAAGACAGAAAAGAAAUAGUUCCGAAACAGAUCCACCCCCCACACUUUGCUGAUGUUCCCGAAGAAUUUGUGGUCCGAAAUGAGAAAGGUGAAAUCUUGGAAGAGAAGUUAUUUGACGGAGGCAUCAACCAUCACAUACAUAAACUUAUGAAACAACAGCAGGGUAUUGGUGGGGAUGAAAACAGGGAGGCGAUGCAGAGAGGCAAGAAGGCGUGGCCUAGACCAGAGAAUGAAGAGAGAGGGGCGGAACGCAGGCCUGAACGCAAGGACAUUCAUGCCAAUCAACAAAAUGACAAUAAAAUAAUUGACCUAAAUGUCGACCUUAAUUCUAAACUGUCCAAAAAUGAGGAUGACCUUUUAGCCAACAGAGAUAGAAUAGAAACCAUGAAUGAAAAAGAAAUAGACAAUCCACAAUUGGCCAGGCAACAGCAGAAAGGUUUACCUAAUCGUGCCAUCGGACUAGAUUUAGUGUUGGAGAAUAAAGGAGGCAACGUCAAUGGCAACAAUUUAGAGGCUUUUGGGCUCCAUGACGAGGAGACUAACAAAAGACAAGACAAUGAGUUUAUUCGACCGUUUGGGCAGGACAUUCUAAAACCGAAUAUAGGCGUUCCACCUGAUCGAAUGGAUCACAAACCUGGAGAUAAUUUGGAAGCAUUUGGAAUAGAAGGUGGAGCUAAGGUUGAAGCGAACGCCCAAGUGAAACCUAACAUGAAAGGUAACUCAGAUUUGAGCAACAAAGAAGAAUACGUUCCGUAUUUAUUGCGCAACGGGCUUGUGAAGCAAAUGAACGAUAGUAAAAUCAACAUGGCUAACAUGGACAAAGCUUUGGAUAGUAUUAAUUUAGAAAACAAUGCUGAAAUUAAAGAGACAUACAUCCCAUAUUUACAGCGCCAUGGUUACUUGCCAGUUGAAGAAGUUAAAAAUCUUGAUGCAGACAAUAACAACCAACACAAAGAUUUAUCUAACCAAGGGAGGCAAUUGGAAACUAAAGCUGACGAAAACCAAAAUCCACAGAUUCGUGCUCAGAAAAUCAAAGAAGCACUUCUAAAGCUACCGCCAGAAUUUUUAGCUGCUUUCAUACAGAAACAGCAACAGCUCCAUGGGCAGGGAUUACCCCAGCAACAGCAGGAACAGCAGCAGAUAGCACAAGAUCCGGUAACAUUACCCCAGCAACAGCAGGAACAGCAGCAGAUAGCACAAGAUCCGGUAGCAUUAGCACAUCAACAUCAACCUCAAUCAACAGUUGCACUGGAUGAAAAUCAAAAUGCAGACGCGCUACAGCUUCAACAGCCCGAGAAAAUUCUGUUGGAAGACAUGCAAGCUCCACUUCCUGUAAAAGCUAAUUGUGUUCCAUUCCAAUUCUUGUCUCGUUCUGCGCCUCUGUGUAUACAUCAAAGCGACAAGGACACAGAAGUCUCGGCUAGAAUAGAACUGGAAGGCUCUUAUGAAAAAGAAAUCCUGGAUCAGUUUUAUGAAAUUUUGGUGCAAGAAGCGACAAUAGGAGUUGUGGACAUAGGAGCUGGUAUAGGUGUUUACACUUUGGCAGCUGCCCUGUUGAAUCACGACGUUGUAGCAGUUGAACCUUUAUAUAGAAACUGUCGACUGUUACGUAAAUCUGCCCAAGAAAAUAUGGUGACCGGCAAGAUCACUCUUGUGACUGAAGGUUUGGACAGUGAGUCGUAUGUUGGUCAGAUGAAUUAUUCUAAUAAUGGCGGUUACAGUCAGGUGACUAUUGUCAAGUUGACACAAGACAUGAAACAAGAUCCAGCCAAUAUAGUUCACAUGACCACGCUAGACAACUUACUUCAAGUGGUUCCAUUUCAACGUGCUGUCAUGAAGUUAGACGUGAGUGGCGCCAUGGAGGAGCGCAUCCUCAAGUCAGGUCAUAAAUUCUUUAGCACUGUGACAGUUCCAUACAUCAUCACCCACUGGUCAGUGUCUACACAACCCACACAAUAUUGGUCUAUGGCCAGAGAGUUAACAGAACUUGGUUAUCAGCCCAGACUUGCCUGGAAUGGUGCUGCAGUUAACAACGAGUUUCUACAAAGCGAUCAUUCAUUUUUUGUAUGGACUAAAAACUCAUAAUCUAUAUUCUGGGUGAAAAACAGCUUAGUAUUCUUAGAUCUACGCUAGAAAAAGUUGAAUUUAUUGUUUCCGUAUUUAUGUACAUUGCAUACCCAUUUCAUUUUCACUAUCAUGUUGCUCCAAUUAGAAUUUCAUAUACUCAGUGUUUGUGCCCAGUGUUUGUACCUUUGUUUCUCAUUUAUUAAAAAAACAAAACUAAAA